CUCUCUAGUUCGUCAUAGUGGUGUGGAGCCCAUAGCUGGACCUGUGCUUUGCUGGCUCCAAGCUCUUCGUUGUUAGUCUUUUUAUGGGGCUUCUUCUCUCUCAGUUCAUAACAAAAGAAAAAAGCAAAAACAAAAACGAAAAAGGGUUUCACACUUUGUCCAAUCUUUCACACUGAGCUCUUUCAAUUUUCAAUUAUCUUUCAUGCGCCACUCUCCUUUUUCUUCUCUAAUACCUUUCACCUUCUGCAUACAUACCACUUGCCUACAAAAGCAACACAAAAAACCCAUUUCUGUUUCUUUGUAUUGAUUUGAUGGAUCCGCAGAUCUAAUGAUUUUGCACACUUUCCUACCUACGGAUCACUCUCUUCUUCAUCUGGGGCACCGCAAUACCUUCUGAUCGAUUGUCAAAUUUUUCUGGUUUGUGCUGGAUCAUCUUCGUUGUUGUGGUAGUGAGGAGUGCAGGACCAUAUUCAUAGUUUAUGAAAAUUCCGGUGGGGUGAAGUUGUUUUUUGGGUUGUUGGUAGAUGUUGAAAUCCUUGACGGUUGUUUGGUGAAAUGAGGGAUGUUCUCGGAGUUGAUGAACUUAUUGAGGGCCUGCUUUCGGCCGGGUUCCGAAGGAUUUUCUCGCACAGGUUCGGAUGCCGGAGGUAGACAGGAUGGACUACUGUGGUAUAAGGACUCAGGUCAGCACUUGAAUGGUGAAUUUUCAAUGGCUGUGAUCCAAGCCAAUAACUUGCUGGAAGAUCAAAGCCAGAUUGAAUCAGGCAGUUUGAGCUCCAAUGAAUCUGGCCCUUAUGGUACUUUCGUCGGUAUCUAUGAUGGCCAUGGAGGGCCCGAGACAUCGCGGUUUAUCAAUGAUCACCUCUUUCACCAUCUCAAGAAAUUUACUUCAGAGCAACAAUCAAUGUCAGUAGAUGUAAUUCGCAAGGCAUUCCAAGCAACAGAAGAGGGGUUUAUGUCAGUGGUUGCCAAUCAGUGGUCCCUGUCGCCACAAAUUGCAGCUGUUGGCUCAUGUUGUCUUGUUGGUGUUAUUUGUAACGGAACCCUUUAUAUAGCAAACCUAGGGGAUUCCCGGGCAGUUUUAGGAAGAGCGGUGAAGGCAACUGGUGAGGUUUUAGCCAUGCAAUUAUCGGCAGAGCACAAUGCAUCAAUAGAGUCUAUAAGGGAGGAGCUGCGUUCUUUACAUCCUGAUGAUCCAAAUAUUGUGGUUUUAAAGCAUAGUGUAUGGCGUGUGAAGGGCCUUAUUCAAGUUUCUAAAUCUAUUGGUGAUGUGUAUUUGAAGAAGGCCGAGUUCAAUAGGGAACCUCUAUAUGCUAAGUUUCGACUCCGGGAACCAUUCAAGAUGCCAAUACUGAGCUCAGAGCCAUCAAUUUCAGUGCAUCAUUUGCAGCCAAAUGAUCAAUUUAUUAUAUUUGCAUCUGAUGGACUCUGGGAGCACCUUAGCAAUCAAGAAGCAGUUGAUAUAGUUCAAAACAGUCCCCGCAGUGGAAGUGCAAGGAGGCUGGUGAAAGCUGCACUUCAAGAAGCUGCAAAGAAAAGAGAAAUGAGAUAUUCAGAUUUAAAGAAAAUAGAUCGUGGUGUUCGUCGUCAUUUCCAUGAUGAUACCACAGUGGUUGUUGUGUAUCUUGACUCAAAUCUUGGGAGUAGGACAAGCACUGCGAAGUUCCCUGGUAUUUCUGUGAGAGGGGGUGGUAUUAACCUGCCUCAUAACACACUGGCACCUUGUACCACACCAACAGAGAUUAGUGGUACCUGAUCUAAGUUGUAUCUUUUAUCUUUUUCCUUGUUGUAUCAUUUUCUUGUGUGAAUACCAGUUAUCUUCAAAUAGCAAUGAGAGGAGCAGCACUUCAAUUCUUUUGAAUGUGAACUGUAACUUACUAGGAUACUAAUACUCAUGUCUAGGUUUUUUUCCCCUUCCCCUCAAAACCAAAACAACACAAGAGAUUUUCUGAUGACCAUUAUAAGAGUUGCCUUGGCACCA